AAAAGCCCUAACCCACUCACGACAUUCCCUCAUCCGCUCCUUCUCCUUCGUUAACCUCCUAUGAUCUUUGCCCGACACCCUCUGCUUGAAAUUCUUCUUCCUGAAGCCUGCGCCUACUUCAUCUCUCAGGACAACAGGCCUCCGUAGUCCUCCACUUCCUACUUUGUUAAGUAAUGACCCUUUAACCUUGUUUCCCUGAAGCAUGUGGUUGGCUAAGCCUCCUCCUUCCCGAUGUCCUCGACCACCCGAGCUAAGCCUCCGUAGUCCUCCACUUCCACUUCCUUACUCGACUAAACUUCCCCUUCUUCUGCAAUCGAUGGUGAAAAUGUCUGGGAUGAUCCUUCCCAUGUCCUCGCUAUUCCCUCCUAUUCCUCUCGGGUGGCACGAUAAAACUAGGGGGCACUCCCCCAUUCUUGAUCACAAUCCCUUCCACGGAAUCGGAAAGGAGUGUGCUUCUCGGAAGCUCCUGUCUUGGAUCCAAAGCCACUUCGCCUACUCCUAUCUCAACAGUCAUUUUUGGAGAAGGGGCAAUUGUGAUGACUACGCAAGUUCCAUUGCUAAAAUUCAUCCUGUUCCAAACCCCGAUGAAGGAGAUAGCUCAGGGCAAGUCUUCCGUUCCAGCUGAAAAUCUGAUACAGGUAACGUUAGGGCAGGCUGCCCGAUGUGAUGCUGUUGUGCUAGAAGCAUUCCCAUUCCAUACUUGGAUGAAGGGG